UUAUUGCAGGUAAAAAUCAAUGUGGAGAUUUCCUUCUUUGAGAUCUACAAUGAGAAGAUACAUGAUUUACUGGCGUCCUGCAAGGAGAAAGGGGGAAAGAAACCUACGCUUAAAGUACGAGAACAUCCUGUCUUGGGCCCCUAUGUAGAAGGACUUUCUACAUAUGUUGUUAACUCAUUUGAAGAUGUUGAGGGAUGGAUAACACUAGGAAACAAAAACAGAGCGACAGCAGCGACAGGGAUGAAUGACAAGAGCAGUAGAUCUCACUCUGUGUUUACAUUGGUACUCACCCAGACUAGGGACUUAAUGUAUGAAACACAGACAGAAGAAAUAGAGGGCAUUCAACAUGAUCAUUCCAUCACUAGCAAAAUUAACCUGGUAGAUCUGGCCGGUAGUGAGAGGCAGUCACAGGCUCAGACCUCAGGGGAAAGACUCAGGGAAGGUGCUAAUAUAAACAAGUCCCUGCUGACCUUGGGAAAGGUUAUUUCCUCUCUAUCUGAGCAGUCCAUCAUGGGAUCCAAGAAGAAAAAGUUUUUUAUUCCAUACAGAGACUCUGUUCUUACCUGGCUCCUGAAAGAGAGUUUAGGAGGAAAUUCUAAAACUGCCAUGAUUGCCACCAUAAGCCCCUCCCACCUUCACAUAGAGGAAACCCUCAGUACACUUAGAUAUCCUUUGGCACCAUCUAUUUAUAGCAUAUCUAAAUUACUGCAGAAUGUUUUUAUCAGUGGAAUGCU